AUGCUAGCGACGCCAACUACAACAUCCAUGUUAUUCCGCCGACUAUAAGAAAUUUAGCAGAAAGAAGCGACCCUAUGGACGCUCCGCCUUCGUAUCCCGAUUUGUCGACUUUGUGCCGCCUGUGCCUGGGGGUGCACCAGGACGCGUACGAUAUAUUCAACGAGGACGAGGCUAAUCUGUCGAUCCCCGUGCGCCUGAUGGCUUGCGUCGCUUUAGACGCAAAACCGACGGACAACCUGCCCAAGAAGAUAUGCGGCGAGUGUAGAUACCAACUGGAGAAGUCCUUCCUCUUUCGGCAGCGAUGCCAGGCGGCGGAGAAGAAGCUGCGGAAGCACACCCGUCUGCUGUGCCUGGGCAAGCGAAGCCGUGUCUUCUCAAAGGAUCCGGAUGGUGACGAUUUUGACGACGAUGAGCUGGAAUUCGAAGACUCGAUAGCAUUCAUAGAGCAACAGGAUAAGGUUCGCCAGAAAGCCGACGAGAAGUGGCGCGCAAAGUUCAAAGAGGAGCAAGAGCAGGAGUUAAACAAGCGGUUGGUGGACUCGCGGAUAAAGCUGCGGGCCAAACUUGUUCCCGAAGUACGCAAGGAGCUGGCUGAGGAGGUGCGCAGUGAGGUGAAAGAGCAGCUGGAGGCCGAGGUCCGCAGCGAUGUUCGUGAAGAGCUGCGCAACGAAGUGUCUGAGGAGAUCCGAAAGGAGCAGCUGGCCAAGCUCUUGGGCGAACUUGAGGUGUACCUGGCCGAGAAGAAGGCCGGUCAUUGGGAGGCACUGGAUGGAGAAGAGGCGGUAGUAAAGCCACCGGCCAAGGUGAAGCUUCAGAAUUGUGUCAAGCAGAGCUCCAGUCCAAAAGCGAAGCCACCAGCAUUGCUGAAAAUGGAAGCGGAGCAGGCCGAACGGGAGGAGGAUUUCGUGCGGUGUGGCACUCCGGAAACCUCUGCCGUUGAUGAGGUGGAGGUGGAUACACUAGAGCUGGAGGUUGACGUACCCACGGAAAGCGAACAGGAUUUCAGAGACCUUAAAAUGAUCGGCGCAGGAGAAAUGGUGAGGACCGAGGAUGGUGAGAUUUACAUAAUCGAUGCGGAUAGUGCGCAGGCCACCAAGCCUGCCUCAUCGCCAGACUUUGACGAGGACAACAAUAUCACGUCUUACAACAUUAAGGAAGAUGGAGAGAUUCAAUUCAGUGGAGAUAAAACGCAAUUAGACGAUGUGGUGGUCUUCAAUUUGGACGGCGAGAUAGCUGAGGAGCAACAGGUCUAUAACUUUGACGAGAAUGUUAUCAUUGUGGAGAAGAACCAAACUACGCGAGACGCAGAGCCCCCUUCCAAACGAAAGCGACAGAGUGAGUUUGUAGUAAAGCAGAGUAGAGCAGAGUUGCGUGAGGGUCAACUAAAGCCUAGGAGGGUCACAGACACGAUUAAGACCUUCCAGUGUAAGAUCUGUCCGGUGGCCUUUGCCUCAGAGAAGUUACUGCUGAGACACCACAAUAUCCAUAUCAAAAGCAUAAAGAACGGCAAAGGUGGUACACUCAAGUGUCCCGUCUGCGGAUUGCAGCUGUCCUGUGCAAGUUCCCUCAAGCGUCACAUGGUCAUUCAUACUGGGAUCAAGCCCUUUAAGUGCGAUGAAUGCGAGGCGUCCUUCUCUCAGCGAGAGGUGCUUAAACGACACAUGGACACCCACACGGGAGCUAAGCGUCACAAGUGCCCCCACUGCUCGACGUGCUUUGCCCAGAAAUCAAAUCUGCAGCAGCACAUCAGUCGGGUGCACAUGGGCAACAACAGGACCAAUAAGUGUCACCUGUGCCCUCGCAGCUUCAACCACCAGUCGGGUCUGAGUCGCCAUUUGGUCACCCAUGCGGGCGUCAUGUUCAACUGCAAGGAGUGCGAACGACAAUUCAACGAUCGCAGUGCCCUCCAGCGACAUAUUACCACCGUGCACAAGGGGCUAAAAAAGUCAGUGGAUUAUGGCUCCGAGCCCGAGAUUAGUGAGAUGGAAUAAAUUAUCCUGUCGUGAUCUUACCACACUGACAAUGACCAAAUAAGCUUUGAAUAUUUUACAACUUUAUUUCGCGAACUGGAAGUGCUCACAACAGUUGGCACCAUUUAUCAUCAACAUGAUAGAGUUAGAACAUUUAGAAUGCAUGCAGCGUUAAACAGUUUAGCGAAAUACAAAUACAAAGUCGAACAUUUGGAACAGCUCUAUAACGGGUUACAAUAUAAUAUCUAGCUAGACGUACAUUUUACAAUAUAUUGUUUGUUUAAUAAAUACCACAUAAGAUGAUGUACAAUAUGAUAGGCAAAUACAUGUGUUUUAAUAAACUCAACUCCUCUACAAA